AGUGAGAGGGAGAGAAGAGGUAGAGCCAUUGACAGUGAGAGGGAGAGACAGAGGUCUUCCAUUCAUUGGUUCACUCCCCAAAUGGCCACAGUGGCUGGAGCUGAGCUGAUCCAAAGCCAGGAGCCAGGAGCUUCUUCCAGGUCUCCCAUGUUGGUAUAGGGGCCCAAGCACUCAGGCCAUUUUCCACUGCCUUCCCAGGCCAUAGCAGAGAGCUGGAUCAGAAGAGGAGCAGUUGGGACACUAACUGGCACCCAUAUGGGAUACCAGUGCUGCAGGCAGAUACUUAACCUUCUACACCACAGUGCCAGUCCCUCCCGAGGGUAAUUUUAUACAGGAUUUUUUAGUGUGCUUCUGUUUUGACUGUGACCUGUCACACAAGGUCAGUUGUGGAUUUUUUCUGUUUGUGGCAUUAUACUGAUGCUCAGAAAGUUUCAGAUUAGGGAUGCACAACCUGUUCUUGGCACGGAUUUGGAAUUCCACUCCUCAGAGGAAUGUUUUAAAAAUUUACUCUUGGUAUAUAGGGAAUUGGACCAUGCAUAUUUAUAUGCAUCUUUGUGUUAUUUUAAUUAAUGUCUCUCUACCUAUCUAUGAGAGAGAGAGAGAGAGAGAGAGAGCGAGCGAGCGAGUGAGCACUCUCAUCCUCUGAUGUACUCCUCAAAUACCUUCCGUGGUCACAGCUGGGCUAGGCAGAAGCAUGACUCUGGGAACUCAAUCCAGGUUUCCAAUGUGGGUGGCAGGGACCCAGUGACAUGAGCCAUCCCCUCUGCCUUCCAGGGUACACAUUAUGGCAGGAAGCUGGAAUUAGAAGUAGAGCCAGGACUUGAAUCCAUUUCCUCUGGUCUGGGAUGUAGGCAUCUUAACCACUAAGCCAAAACUUGCCCACAUACUUUUUUAAAAAAGGACACAAAUUGAGUUCUAACUUGAAAGUGCUGGUGAAAGGGAGUUUGUGGAAAACUUGAUUUUAAAGCAUAUGGAGUCUUAUAAAUCUGGAAUUUUGUAUAUAUUUUCUAAUUAGGCAUACCUUGCAAUUAAAACAGUAUCUUCUCUUUCUCAUCUUGAAAACAUAUUUAGAAGUGGAUUGAGUGGGAAGACAGAGAUGGAAGAUAGCUAAGAUGGCAAUUGACCAUGUUGCAAAUCCACCUGGUUGUUGGAAAAGCAGAGAUUGUAUUAGUGAUAGGAUGCAAAGUAACAGGUGCCAGGAGACUGAUUGUCUUUGCAGGAUCAUCUGCGACAUUCCCGUGUACACUACUGCAUCACACUGUUUGUUUCUCAAUGCACCAAAAUCACUCCUUCUCCAGUGGCCUUGUGCUUGAUGGUCCUUUUCUUGCUAUGUGGAAUAUGAAUACUUUGAGUUUUUUAAAACCUUUUUUUUUUUUUUGGGUGGACUGGAUUUUUCUCAUUCUUUAAAAGUCUCAAAUGUUGUCUGUUAAGAGAGGUUCUUGAAUGCACAUGUCUCUUUAUCUACUUGGAGCAACAGUGGUGUGACUUUAUAAUGUCAGUGGGAGUGCAGUUGAUGACUGUGAAUAUGCUUGGAAAACCACAGUGUAAGCACAUAUUGUCCCUGCUGCUGAAGACUGACCAGAAACUAUGGUGUCUUCUGCCAACCUGUAGCAGUCAUCCUUAAGGCUGGGUAUCAAAGUGAUAACUCCAGGUGCUGAAUUCCGAGCUUAUGCUUCUGUGGUCCCGUCUGAUCUCAGGUCGAGACCAUCACUGGGGUGUACUUUCAGGCUUCUACCGUGACACAUCAAGACAGGCUCUGGUUCUGCUCCUGGUUAAAUAGAAACACCUGUAUAACUGAAAACUCAGGCCAUAGGACCACUGCUGUGCUAUGUAAGGGCAUCUAGCGUCUGUUUAUGUCUGGUGUCUGUUACUAUGGUAACUGGAUGAGGAGAACCCUACAACCGCAUGUCCAGUCCGAGAAGGAAGACGUCUAGAGGGGAAUGUUGCUUUCCUGGAUGCCGGAGUGGAAGCUUUUGGGAAGCUCUUUGAGGUGGUGGAGGGGAUCAUGUUGGAGAAUGGACAUUCAUUCCAUUUGUUUAAUUGUUGGUAGUCCAUUUAUACAAAAUGGCUGUACACAAGGGAGGGUUGUGGAAGAGAUGCUGUUUGCCUACAUUCCAUUCACGCUUCCAUUUCCUCCUACUGAAGCCCCUGUUUUCAGCCAGGCUCAGCUGCAGAGGGUCAGGACUGUCUCAGAGCCUUUUUCCGCUACCGCGACCAUGGGAGACACUGCAGAAGGGUUGGUAUUUCUAGCAAGUCUUCUAAAAUCGAGGGGUGGAGCUCUUUCUGGAUCUUCCUCCUUUCCACAUUCUGAAAUAUGAUGUAAUAGUUGAUGCUCCAACAGCUUUUUUUUUUUUUUUUUGAUAGGCAGAGUGGACAGUGAGAGAGACAGAGAGAAAGGUCUUCCUUUGCCGUUGGUUCACCCUCCAAUGGCCGCCGCGGCCAGCGCGCUGCGGCCGGCGCACCGCGCUGAUCCGAUGGCAGGAGCCAGGUACUUAUCCUGGUCUCCCAUGGGGUGCAGGGCCCAAGCACUUGGGCCAUCCUCCACUGCACUUCCUGGCCACAGCAGAGAGCUGGCCUGGAAGAGGGGCAACCAGGACAGAAUCCGGUGCCCUGACUGGGACAAGAACCUGGUGUGCCGGCACCGCAAGGCGGAGGAUUAGCCUAGUGAGCCGCGGCGCCAGCCUAUGCUCCAACAGCCUUUGCGGACUGUAAAGGGACCUUGACCAUGAGAGUCAGAUGGGAAGAAGGCAGAUCUGGAAAGACAGAAGUAGCUGGAGACCUACUGAUUCUUUGGAGCCCAAGCACCUGCCUGCUGCCUGACAUAAUUUUUGUAAAAUAACAAGUUGUUUGGUCUUGAAGCCUGCAUUUUCUGGACCAUUACUGCAUGCACUGGGAUAAAAUUAUCCAGGCAGAAUGUUGUGAUAAACAAGGUUGUUAUCCUUAAUAAGAUAAUGUGACUGUUAUAUAUAUAGAGCAUUCUAGAAUAUUCUUUCAGGUUCUGUUUUGGUAAAACCUGAGUAAUGGAAAAAGAAACUAUACAGCAGAAUUGUUGUCAGAGGGGUGGCUCCUACCCAGAUCCUGAGAGCCAUUUCUGAGGAGGGUCAGGUGGAAAUGCUCAGUGGUUUGGGGCCAGAAAUGAAGAAAACUGCCAAGGCUAUUAAAAACCAUCAGAGAAUUCUGCAAAUGGCCAAUAUUGAAGUUAGUUACAACUCAUUCUCAAAUAAAUUGGAGUCUGAUCCGUUUGAUGUGUUUUGACAGGAAAUGUAUAUUUACUGCUUGAAAUGAUUCCAACUGCUGAGCUGUGAACCACCGUGUUUCAUAAAUUAACACGAGAUGGAGGCAGAAAGAAACUCACACCUUUUCUGAAACAGCAUUCCACAAGCAAGAAUUUCUCACAAUUGCAAGGCCUUCGGUGCUUAGAUGAGUUUUUUGGAGCCGCAGAAAUGGUUGGCCCUGGCUGCAGAUGGGAAUUUGGAAUCUCUUUGAAAUACAUCUUGGAAUAAUUGUGUUUGACCGGAACCAAAUCUUAUGAAGUCCCCAAGGAUGCGAGUGUGUGCCAGGUCAAUGUUGCUGUCGCACUGGCUCUUUCUGGCCUACGUGUUGGUGGUGUGCUGUAAGCUGACGUCCGCCUCGAGCCAGCACCUCCGGGGACACGCAGGUCACCACCAGAUCAAGCCAGGGACCUGCGAGGUGGUUGCCGUGCACCGAUGCUGCAAUAAGAACCGCAUAGAAGAGCGGUCACAGACGGUCAAGUGCUCCUGCUUCCCUGGACAGGUGGCUGGCACGACUCAGGCCCAGCCUUCGUGUGUUGAAGCUUCCAUCGUGGCUCAGAAAUGGUGGUGUCACAUGAAUCCUUGUUUGGAAGGAGAGGACUGCAAAGUACUGCCAGAUUACUCAGGUUGGUCCUGUAGCAGUGGCAAUAAAGUCAAAACUACAAAGGCAAGUAUAGACAAAACACAACUGUCAUCUUCAACUCUAGUGCCUUGUGAAACUGAGUUUGGGGGGGGGGCCUUGACAUUUUCCUGCCAUCCACGAGCACCCUUCUCUGAGGUUGAUCAGUUGGCCUGGACAGUGCCAUCCAGGGCUUUAUCCCAUCUCCCAGCAUCACCCUGGGCUUCAGGGUUGAGAGAGUAGUGAUGUUGUGGGAGACUAUACUGUCCUUAUUUCAAGUAAAGGUUUCAGAAUUGACGGGCUGGUCUAUGAGAGCACCAUGGCAGAUUCCACACGCAGAGGAGUUGCUCGAGCAGAAUUAGCUCCUGCCUUAGGGAAGAGUGAGUAGUUCAUGAUUCUUAAGUCUAAAAAGGCAACCGUUGCCUCCUGACGUGGUCCUUGUGGAGUGCCAGUGUCCAUUCAGUUUUUCAGCUAUAAACCUAACGUCUUCCUUUGCUCCCCAUUCCUUUGAUUCCUCUGACUUGUGGAUUUUCUUUACCAAAUAUAUAAAGAAAAACAAUUUCAUGAUUUCCUAUAUUGUAAGCACAUAAUGAUAAUUUUUGUUCCUCCCUCCCUCUCUCCUUCCCUUUUAAUUUUCAUGAUAGCAUACUUUAAAUUGACUUUAUAAGCACAGGUAGAAAGAUCACUAUUCCAUAGCAGUUUAGACAAGGGUUAUAAAUAAUAAUAGAAUGUGAAGAUGUCAGCUUCACUCAUUUACAUUACAGUUUUUGGGUACUCUGUAUAUGAGCUUCCACUCCUCAGAAAACCAUGGUGUUUGUUUUUAUGUGUGUGUCUGGCUUAUUUUUCUAAGCAUAAUGAUCUCCAGUUCCACCCAUUUUAUUGCAAAAGACAAUUUUUAUGGUUGAGUAGUAUUUUUUUUCAAUCCAGUCAUCCACCCAUUCAGUUGAUGGGCAUCUGGGUUGAUUCCAUCUUUUAGCUAUUGUGGAUUGAGCAGCUGUAAACCUGGGUGUACAGAUAACUCCUUUACCUGCUGAUUUCAUUUCCUUUGAGUAAAUUCCCAAGAGUGGGAUGGCUGGAUCAUAGGGGAUAUUUCCAUCUGUGUAGCCCCAGCCAAUCCUGUAACUCAUCCAGAUUCCUAAGGCUCCCUUCUGGCCUAGAUUCCUCCCAUGUAGUUAAUGCAAGAAUGUUUAUUCCAUGCUAAUUCACCCUAAAAUCUUCCAGUGGUAUCUCCUGGCUCUUUGGCCUAGUGGCCCUUGGCUGUGUGACUGUUCACAGAGCCCCUGGCAAAUUAAGCUCUCUGCAUUCUUUCUGCUCUAGACAUUGGGGCCUUCAAGGUGGCUGUUCCCUCUUCCUGGAAGGUGCUUUCCUUCCUUCCUUUUCUCAUCGAUCAUUAUUUCUUCAGGGAAUUUCACCAAUUGGAUUUGUGUCCCCUGUACCUCUAAGCAUUGCUUAUGGUCAUAUUUUACAGGGAUGGCUAUACUUACUUGCUCGAUACCUAGACCAUUCUCACGGUGGAGCUGUGAAGUCCAGUCCUGCCUCUGUUUUCCCUGGUAGUCCCAUAGUCAGCUGAGUGCCCCAGUAACUGUUUCUGGGAAGAAAAGUAAUGCCCUCAAGGCCAUUCGGAUAUAUUUGGAGUCAGAAUACUGGAAUGGCAUGACUCUGCAUCGAGCUGUUUUCUGAGCCUUGGUCUUUUAUGAAAUGUAAUAUAGAAUGACUGGCUUCUCAAUUUUAAAUUUUUCCAUCUUAUGAACAUUUUGAAUUCAUUUACUAGACCCUUAACAAAUACAGGUCAGUUUUCCUCCUAAGCAGGUACAUGAGCAAUAGAAACAUUUAAGUAUGUUACUAAUGAUGAGACCUUUAGUAGCUAUUAGAUCCAAAAUUCCAAUAAAAUAGCAACCUAGUUGACUAGUUCUUUGUUGUCUUUCAGAAUCUGGACCAUUUUCAAAAUUAAUUGUGAUUAUCAACUAACUUGUCAUCAUUAGUGGUAUUGGGAUGACUGGCACAGUGACAUGACUUACAAUGAGCCCUAUAUAUUUGCAGCUAUGCAGUCAACCACUACUGAACACAAAUACCUUUUUUUGGUCAUUAUUUGCUGAGCAAUAGAUACAAUGACUAUUUAGCUAGCAUUUGCUUUGGAUUAUGCAUUAUGGGUACCCAGGAGGAUGUCUGUAAGGUUAUGUGCAAAUAUUGUAUAAAGGAUGAAUACUGAGGGGCUGACUGUAUGCUUUUAGUGCAGGGCAGGAGUCAUUUGAUGUGGAGUGAGGGGGUCACAGCACUCCCAUCAUCUCUAUCAUUCUCCUUCCAGUCAUUCCCAGUAGACUUCCACUCUUCCUCCCCAGACUCGCUGCAGCCAUUUUCCCUGAAGUUCCUCCUAACUGAAAAUCUUGGCGUUGCAGAUGAGUUAUGGCCAGUGACAAUUUUCAUCCAUUGCCUUUCUUGUAGACGCAGGGAUUACAUUUUAGAAGAUUAUAUCUGGUUUGUAUGUAAAGCAUCACCUCAGACCAGGAGCAGAGGCCAACUGUGUUUGGGAGAAGCCCGUGCCUCCGUCAUCUUCCUCAUGGACUCAUUCUCCCCCUCCUCUCUCACAGUUACAGGAAGCAAACUGUGAGGGGCCUUUUGGCUCCUUGUGCUGGCAAGCCCAGUUUGGUCUAGCCCCAUCCUCAGCGGUACUGACAUUUCACUUAGCACUUUGAGAGGCUGUAGAGACGUAACACAGUUCCCCAAGCUGUCAUGAUACUUGGACUGCUGUUUUUUUUUUUUUUUUCCAGCGAUAUGCCACUGGAGAAUAAUCUUGAAGUCGUAAAACUUUGUUUCCUUUAUUAAUUCGAGUCAGUGCAACUUGAACUGCAUCAACCAUUUUAUGCCUUUUAUGGAUCUCAUGCACAUAGAGUACCUUCAUUUGUGGAGCUGAGACUGGCUUCCUUGCAAGCCUGGGGCCCCUAGAAGCUCUUUUUCUGAAGAUCACUACUGACCUUCCUGCACAGGUGAAACAGGGGUCCUAUAAAGGCAGAGCAGUUGCUUCCCUAGAGGAGACAUUAGCUGAAUAACAAAAUAGUUUCCAUUUUUCCUUAAACAGCAACACCAACACACAGAAAGGCUAAAAAUGUCAGGUUGUCUGCACUAAGCCAACCCCUGUCAAUUUUCCUUUCCAUUUAAAUGCAAAUAUGGAAAGAAUGAGCAGUCACCUCGAGAUAUGAAUAGCCUCAGAUGAGUAUGUGACUGCGAGAAGGGGCUAUUCCCUAGCCAGAUGCCUUGGCCAGGUAUAAAACACUGGCAUUCAGUUUAUUCUGCCCGUAUAGUGUUCAGUGUCUCCAGAGAGGCUGGGACUACUACUUCAUGUAGGAAAAUACCACUCUGCCUGUCGUCCUGCCUCCAUCUUCCUCUCCUUUUCCUGCUGAGUCUUGCUGCACCCCUUCCUGUUUGUAGAUGUCAUUGUUUCAUCUUCAAACAAGUACACAAUGUACUAAAGCCAAGCACUUGCCAGUAGAAGAAAAUCACGUCGAAUUGCCAGAGAAGUUUUAUACUUUGUAAUGCUGGUAUUUUAAGACCCUCAACUGAGGAUAAAGAACUGUGUCUUCAGAACAGAGGCUCUCAACCAAAAGCAUCUUUGUCUCUGAGUGGACAUUCAGAAAUUUUGGAGGAUAGCUCUGGUUCUCACGUCUGGGGGGCGUGCUGCUACCAGGGUCUGGUGGGUAGAGGCUCGAGUUGUUGGUAAACAUUCUGCAAAGCACAGGAUGCUUCCCCACAUUCCAGAGUUACCUGGUCCCAGACAUCAAUCAAUAGUGGCAGAGCUGAAAAUCUGAUUGGGAGAAUAGUAUACAGUUUUCUCAGUAGCUCUUUGCAUGCAUCUUAAAGCAUUUGUCAAAGUUUCUAUGACGUGUCUCAGUAUUCCCUGCCCCAGGGAAGUAACAGUUUUCCCUUCAGCACCACCCUCCCCAGCAACGUCUAAGAUGAAGCAGGUGCUGUCCAAUGUCUUCCUAAAGUGGCUCUCUUGGCGCUGGUAUUGUGGCUCAGCAGGGGAGGCUGCCGCUUGGGUUCCCACCAUCCCAUGUCAGAGUGCUGGUUCAAACCCUCCCUCCUUCCUCUUCCAGCUUCCUGCUCAUGCAUCCUGGGAGGCAAAGUGAGGGUUUAAGUUCUCAUGUAGCUGGCGCCCACGUGGGAGACGCGCUUGGAGUUCCUGGCUCCUGACUGUGGCCUGCCUGGCCCAGCCCUGACUAUUUCAGGCAUUUGGGGAGUGACUCAGGGGAAGACAGAUCUGUCUCUCUCUCAAGUAGAUGAAAAUAAAGAACAUGGUGCACUGGCACCUUUCCCUCUGUCUCUUGGGCUACCACCACAGGUUAUUGUCUGUGCCAUUAUGAUUUCAUGAUAUGCCUAGAGAACAAUCAUCAUUGGGCCUUGUCCAAUACAGUUUUGAACCCCACUUUUACGAUCUGCUGGUAGAGUGUUGAGUGUGGGGUGAUUGCAGUUAAGUGGCAAGAUGAGGGAACUGCUUAUCUAAUUGAGCUUUGCACCUGUUGUUGCCUUUACUUGGCUUCAACUUUGCUUUCUCUGCCACUUGGGUAACGUCCCUGCCCAAGUUCCUCCCUGCUGAGACACCCUCAGUGAGUCCCCAUUGGUAAUGGAGACAGUACACAGAGUGUAUGCACCACAAAAAGGCCUUCACUGAUCGUCAGUUUCUCAGCUGUGUCUUUCAAGGUCCAGCCAAGAUGGAUUGUCCCUGAUGCCUAUAGUAACGAUCUUAUCAAAAUUCAAAGAUAGCAAUCAGCACAUGAUAAUGUUAAAAGCAAGUAAGUCUGAGCAUAUCUUAGCAUUUUAUUCUCCAAAGUGAACUAGGCAUGAGGAAUGAGCUACUUCAAAUAAGAAGCUUCUAGAAAUUAUACCCUAGAUAUAGAAUGGUACUUGGCUUAGUUACUUUUCUGUGAUGGAAUCAGAGCUAACAUCACAACAGCCACCGUUUCCUGAGUGCUGACCCUGUGAUGGGCACUGGACCACGCAGUAAGGCUCUCGUCAAGUGUCUCACACACUCUUCACAGUACCACUCAGUUUGGCAGGUACUGCUGCCUCCAUUUUACAGAUGAACCAACUAGGGCACAGAGAGACAAUGGACUCUCUCUCUCGACAGGGCUCACUCCCUCAUCCAGCCACUCACACCAGAGAGCCCCUGCUGUUCCUUCAGUCCUCUUUUCUCACAUCAUCAUCACGCUUGUCCCAAAGCCCUCUUUGACCAGUGUGAUCCCUUGAGGUUGAUGGUCUGCCAUGCAUUCCUUAUCUCACCUCUGUGCCUCAGUCAGAAAAAGGCCAAGGUCCUUGCGUCGGCAGCAGACCCACUUGCACCUCCCUCUCCCUAGAAAGUUCUCCCCCCCCAUAUGGUCAGGCCUCCCUCACUUCCUCCAGGUGUCUCCUCAGACACCUUUCCUGCAGUCCUGUAUAGAAGAGGAGCCCUCCUUCUCCCCUGCCCCAGUGUUGCUUUUCUCUGUUCACCAGCUGUGAGCUAACAGUGGAUUUUACAUUUUGAAAUGGUUGGAAAAAAUCAAGAGGAGGAUAGUUUAUAGCACAUGAAACCAUAUGGCAUUCAAACUUAAGUGCCUAUCAAUAAAGUUUUAUCGGAACACAGCAAUUCUCAUUAGUUUACCUAUUGUAUGUGGCUGCUUUUGUUAGUGAUAUGAAGACAGAGGGGAGUUGCUACUAUUGUGACUAAAGGCUGCAAAGUUGAAAUAUUUACUGCAUUUAGAUAUUUACAGAAAGGGUUUCCACCCUGUGCUCUAGAAUCCAAAUUCUAUAUGAACAGAAUUUUGUUUUUGUCUGCUGUGACACCCCCAGCACCAAUUAAAGAGCAAUUAUAUUGUGGAAUAUGUAAUUAGGGUCCACAUUACUGAAGCUGAGGUUUGAAGAAAUACCCUAUUGGGUUUAAAGGUCAGGCAUCAAAAGUAUGCUAUCAGAUAUACUUUACUUUCAAAAAAUUUUCAUAGUACACAUCUGUUGAAAUAUUUCUCUCCUGAGCUAAUUUAUAGACUAUCCCAAAAGUAAAUUUUCUUACGUGAUCAAAUCAAACUACAGAAAUGGCUAUUCUAUUUUCUCAGAUCACACGUGAUGAACCUGAAUGCUUAAAAAUGAAAAAUGCAGUAAUUAGCUUCUUUUCCUUUUUUCUUUCCUUUUUUUUUUUUUUUUUUUUGACAGGUAGAGUGGACAGUGAGAGAGAGAGAGAGACAGAGAAAGGUCUUCCUUUUGCCGUUGGUUCACCUCCCCAAUGGCCGCUGCAGCUGGCGCAUUGCGCUGAUCCGAAGCCAGGAGCCAGGUGCUUCCUCCUGGUCUCCCGUGUGGGUACAGGGCCCAAGCACUUGGGCCAUCCUCCACUGCACUCCCGGGCCACAGCAGAGGACUGGCCUGGAAGAGGGGCAACCGGGACAGAAUCCGGCGCCCCGACCGGGACUAGAACCUGGGGUGCCGGUGCCGCUAGGCAGAGGAUUAGCCUGUUGAGCUGCAGCGCUGGCCGUAAUUACCUUCUUAAUGGAUAGGCUUUCCUUAAAUAUAGCAGUUUCAAAAAUAACCCAUUUUUGGGCCAGCACCAUGGCUCACUUGGUUAACCCUCCGCCUGUGGCGCUGGCAUCCAAAAUGUGCGUGAGGGGUGAACCAACGGAAGGAAGACCUUUCUCUCUGUCUAUAACUCUACCUGUCAAAUAAAAAUAAAUAACCCAUUUUUUUUUUAACACAUUUACUUAUUUACCUGAGAGGCAGUUACAGAAAGAAGGAGAGAGAGAGAGGUCUUCCAUCUGCUGGUUCACUCCCUAAAUGGCUGCAACUGCCAGAGCUGGGCUGAUCUGAAGCCAGGGGCUUCCUCCCAGUCUGGGUCAUGGAUGCAGAGCCCAAGCACUUGGACCAUCUUCUGCUGCUUUCUCAGGCCUCAGCAGAGAGCUGGAUAAGAAGUGGAGCAGCUAGGACAGGAACUGGCGCCCAUGUGGGAAGCCAGCACUGCAGAUGGAGGCUUAGCCUAUUGUGCCAUGGUGCCUGUGCCAAAUAGGGUUGGUGAGUGGUGUGUUUGAUGAAGCUGCAGCCUGCAAUGCUGGCAUCCCAGAUUUGUAUCCUGGCUAUUCUACUACUGAUCCAGCUCCCUGCUAAUGUGCCUGGCAAAGCAGCAGAGGAUGGCCCAAGUGCUUGGGCCCCUGCACUCACAUGAAAGAUCCAGAAGAAGCUCCUGGCUUUGGCUUGGGCAAGCCCUGACCAUUGUGUCACUUGGAGAGUGACACAACAGAUGGAAAACCCCUCUCUGUAUGUAGCUUUGCCUUUCAAAUAUACAAGUUUUUCAAAAAAAAUUUUAAAAAUGACUGUCAUUUGUGGAGUGCACCAGUGAAUGGCAGAUCUCUGCCUUUCAAAAAAAAUUUUAGCAAAAAAAGGGAAUGUUAAUUGUAUUAAAAUGCAAAGACAGUAUUUUGAUGUAGACAUGCAUUGAUUUUUAUCAGCAUUCAUGUGAAAAAUGUUUAGGGCCACUAAAGCGUGCACAGCCUGCUUGGGUUGUUGGACAAUGAGUGCACCUAAUUAGAUGCAUUUUGCAAGGUUAUAGAAAUCCCAAAGUGAGGGCACAUCCUACUCGGUGAUGGCAGCCUUUGUGCAUGUCUUUGCAGCCUAAAAGCACAAGAUGUAAAGAAGGAUUUCGAUGUGAGUAGUUGACUUGGAAGGUAAGGUACAAGCUGAGAAAUUAUAUGCAUGUGACACAGGUGGGGCGUUUGAGCAGUCACAGCAACUGGAAGAUCUAUCUCUGCUGGGUGCACAGUGUCAGAUGCUCACGUAUUGCGUUUGUUUUAGGUCACACGGUAGCAAAGAGAAAGCUGUGCUGUACUGCCGGAGGCACAGCAGGAUGCAGAGCUCUUUGGCCUGGAUUACUGCCCUGGCCACUGGAUGGCAGACUCUCUUGGGAUUCAGCAGCUUCGCCUCUGUGUAUGUGUGU